UGUAUGCACUCUAUUGUAUUGGUCAACAAUUACCAUAAGAAGUAGUGUCACUGAAAUUAUCAGUCAAAUAAGCAUUUGCUUCAACUGUGUGUCUAAACAGCAAACCAUUAUUACUACUGUUUAUUAUCUAUUACUCACUCAUCACUCAAACUAAUCAUACGCUUUGCUAUUGAUUUGCAUUCAAUUUAAUGAUAUGGUAUUUGAUUGAGUCGUUUGCCACAGAAGUGACACUUGAGAAGAGAAGAGAUCACCCGAAGUGACCGUCGAUUGCAUAACCGAUUGAUACAUUGUUUUUGAUCGUCAGUGAAGUGCCACAGAAGUGAUGCCACUGUUCGGCAAGUCGUCGAAGAGUCCGUACGAACUGAUUAAGAGUUUGUCGGAGGCGUUGGUGGCUCUGGAGAGGGGCGACAAGAAGGCAGACAAGGCUCAGGAGGACGUGUCGAAGAAUCUGGUGCUCAUGAAGAACAUGCUGUACGGCACGAACGACACGGAGCCGCAGACAGACAUAGCGGUGGCUCAGUUGGCACAGGAGCUGUACAACUCGAACCUCCUGCUGCUGCUGAUCAACAACUUGUCUCGCAUUGAGUUUGAGGCCAAGAAGGACGUCGCGCAGGUGUUCAACAAUAUCCUCAGGCGUCAGAUCGGCACCCGAUCGCCGACCGUCGAGUACAUGUGCACUAAACCCGAAAUCCUGUUCACUCUGAUGGACGGCUACGAGAAGCACGACAUCGCUCUGAACUGCGGGUCAAUGCUUCGCGAGUGCGCCCGAUAUGAGGCUUUGGCCAAAAUAAUGCUGCAAUCGGACGACUAC